GUUUGAAGUAGAACAGUCUUUCGUAUCAGCUGACAACCAAAGCAAAACAGUCGGUGCGCGACCAUCUUGUCAAAACUCUGAGUCGGUGACAACAAAUAAAUAUUGUAAAAUGUCCUAAAUCGCUCUAAAUGACAUAACUAUCUUAUUGUAUUUAAUAAAGUAUCGUGCAUAUUUUAUGUUGGAGUUGUUUUCGAAGCAGUUACUAUAUAUUUUACUGGAUUUUUCGGGUUUGUGUUGCGUCAAAUGACGUCAUGUAUGUGAUUAUACACGUAUCGCGGCUGACGAGUUUAUAGUUUAAAAUGCACGAUCAGGAGGGUGAUGGCGAGCCAGCGCACCACGCGCGUCGCCCAAUGAAUGCGUUCCUCAUCUUCUGCAAACGUCACAGGAGCGUCGUACGCGAUAAAUAUCCUAAUCUCGAAAACAGAUCAAUAACCAAGAUCCUCGGCGAGUGGUGGGCUAACUUGGAUAAGGAAGAAAAGGCUUGUUACACAGGUCUUGCUAAACAGUACAAAGACGCCUUCUUCAGCGCCAACCCUGACUUCAAGUGGUACAAGUUGCCCGCGCCACCACUCCGCACGCUGUCCUCCCGGCCCAGAGACUCCAAUGAAAAGCCCGUUGAGUCCCCCAACAGCGACCAGCAUGACCCAGAACUGGAGAAAACCAACAACAACUCCACCAAGGUAGACUUCAACAAGAAGCCUAGGGAAGAAUCCUUUGAAGCUGAAUCUAAACCACUUUCCAUGUUCACUCCUGGAAAACUGGCUGACGAAGCCCAAAUGGGAGGUCUCAGCAGCCUCCUCGCCACUAAGACUGAUACUCAAAUUACAAAUCCCUACUACUCACCCCCUUGCUAUAAAUUCAACGCGAUCUCAACACCAAACGAAAACAGAUCUCAUAAUGUAAUAGAGAGGGCCAAAACGAAAGGUGAUGACGACAUACAAAAAUUACAGGGUGUCCUCACCGAAACCUCCAAGAUUUUCGAACAACAGCUGCAAGAAAAGAAAAGGAUAUACUACGGUAUACCCAACGACCAGUUCACCAACCAAGAUGUGAUAGACCAAAUAGUGGAUAAGAGAUACUCUAAAGACGAUGAGUACGGCUACCAGAGGAAUUGGUCGGAUGAUGAGAAGAACAUGAGGUCUGAUAGAUCGUGCAAGGGGAAGAGGUACCAGGAGUUCAUGGCUGUUGGGGGACUCAUUGUCAACAAGCGACAGAAGCGGGACUCGGACAAGCCAGACGAGAACUACAGCGCGACCUGUAGCUGGGACCCUGGCAGUCUGCGAGACGACACGAUGGAUGACGAGCCGAACAACAGCAACGAGAAGCCGGCCGACAGCGACGAUAAAACCGACUCAGCCGACAUGCCUGAACCCGACAAUAAUGCCAACAAAACAUUCAAGGCUGCCGACUUUGAUUUAGAUGCUAAAAUUAGAGCCCUGCCUUCACUUAGUCUAGAGAAAUUCCAACAAAAGAAACGUGAAAACAAGCGUAAGAAGAAGACCGUCAACUUGAAACCAAAGGCGCUGGAGUCUUCGCAGAUAGUCAACUCAGUUCCUAGGUCCAUGAUGGAGGAGCGGCGGGAGACGGCGGAGCACUGGCGGGACACCGUCAUCGGUAGCCAGAAGCGCAAGCCGCGCAAGAUCAGCAUCACGCGGCUGGAGAUCAACAGCAUGGUAUCGAGCGUAGACCUGGAGGCGCAGCAGACCAGCCCACAGAUGAAGAUCGCGACGGAAGCGCCCGCGCCUGCGCUCUGCCGCCAAUCGCCGCUGGCCGGGGACCUGCUGGCGCUGGCCACGCUGGCCGAGGUGGCCUCUAACACCUCCAAGCUGGACGACUCCGCCAUGCACUACAUGACCGCCAAAGCGAACGACUCCAACGCUUCCAUGGUAUGAGAUACCGACACAACUAGCCUUAAAAUAUUAUUCCAAAUAUUAUUUACUUUAUAAUCAGAUAAUAUUUAUAUAUAGAUCUAAUUUUACAUUGUACGCAUAAAAAUUAAUAUUAUUGUACACUUUUAACUGUAGUUUUUAUAACGUAGCGUAUAGAAAUAUUUAUAUUGAAAAUAGAAAAAAGAAAGUAUAUAUGUAUACUUACGUUAGUUUAAAACGUCGUUUAGGCUGCUAAAUACUGCUUUGUUUAGGACUAGAAAAAGUAAGAGUGAUAGAUGUAUGUCCAGACGAAUAACAACAAAGCAUAAUGAUUUAUAUUAUAGUAAGAACAGAUACAAAUACAUUACAAUUAUGAUAUCUUAAGGUGUUAUCGUCUUGUCGCGGGAUUCGACGCCGCCAUUUCAUCACAUCAACGGUUAUAAAAUGCCAAACAAAUAAGUCAUUUUAAGAUAAUUGUAAACCUCAUUAUGUGUAAACUUAGGUUAUUUGAAUCGCCUUAAUAUUUUAGAGUUUUAAAAGAAGAUACUAAGACACCACAUGCAUAGACUGCAUCGCAUUUUUAAGGUGACUUAUUUCUCGUUUUAUUGCAAACGUGCAAUGGUUUAUCAUUUAUAUUUAAUAUUUAUAUUAUACAUUAGUGGCUGUAGUCACGUGUUUUUGUAAAAAGCGAAUUUAUCACAACAACCAUGGCAACUGGUGGAAGGAAGUGGGAUGAACGAAAGGCUGGAAAUGCGUGUGUUGCCUUAAAAUUGAAUUGUAUACAAUAUGGUGUAUCUGUAAUGUAUUACUUGUACUCGUUUAGAUCUGUGGAGUAUGGGAUUACAUGAUCAAAUCUAGAUAUGACUCAAUGUGCAAAAAACACGCUAAUUGUGAGCGCCUUAUUUGCAGUUUUCUCACUUUGUAUUACGCGAUGUGUGUAAACAACAACUUGCUUAGUACGAUUAAAAUUAACAAAUGAAUACAUUCAUUGACCGCGCUUUGAGUAUUGUUAAAUUUCAGUACCUAAACAAUUUCCAGCCUAAGAUUGGGAGUUUUGUUAAAAUUCUAGUAGAAACCUACUAUGUAGUACCCGUGCAAUCCUUUGUACAUAUUGUUAUUGAAUGUUUAUUUUAUUGUUAUAGUCAUACUCUAACAAAGAUCCCAAUCUAAAAAUUAUAUAUUAAAAAAUAAAGAUUUUUAUCAAUCUUUUUUGAAAGUUGUAUACUUUCACAAGGUAUAGAAACAAAUGCGGUAUGAGAAAAUCUAUUGUAAGGAAACGUGAUGCUAUUUAUAAAGAUAUGGAGCAAUUGGCGAAAGAGGUAGAGAUUGUAAUUUUUAUAGUUGCCAGAUGAGGCCUCAAAGUACCGGCCGUAUCGCGCGAGUCAAACUCGCAAAAAUUUUCUUUGUGAUAAAAAAAAACUUUGACUAGUGCUGUUAGUUUUAACUUAAAAAUAUAUCACCAUUGUUUCAUAAUUAUUAUUUAUCGAUCUUCAUGAAAAACAUUUUAAAAAUCGAAAAAAAAA